CACUUCCGGUGGGAUUGCGGCUGGAGCGGCGCUUGCUUCCAGCUUAGACCUCCCGUUCUCGUUCCCCCCUCGGCCCGGGGAGGAAGCGCCGUCGAGUAAAGGGGCUUUUUUCCUGAGAGCGAAUAUGCGCAAGCUGGUGCUUAGGCCAGGCAAGAAAGAAGGAAGCGGCUUCUGAACCCAGUGCCCUCCUGCGUGUUCUUCUUGGACGCUCCCUUUGAAAGGAUGAGGGAGCUAGAGGCAACCAUUGCUCCCUGUCACUUGGGAAUGGCCAGACAUCUGGAGACAUAGAGAGAGAGAGCUCCUCUGCUGGUUGUUCGUUGUCUGCGUGGAACUGGGAAUUGGCUGGCUGGGGGCUUCCCGACCCUUCCUCGAGCCUCAGAAGAUGAACUCUGGCCAUUCCAGCUCUGGAGCUGAGCAGUGACGCUUAGGAGAGGCAUUUGCACCGGGAGUGUGUCAUAUUCUGGCCCCCAAAAUAGGGUCUUCUGGAACCUCACACUUUGAGCACUGGGACUCGGUUCAUUGGGCUGGAAACCCCAAAACAAGGAAGAUGUCUGAGUCACGGGUGAAGCGGCUGGCCAUGACCCUGAUGGACGCCACAACAGAUAAAGACCCUCUGGUCCACGAGCAAAUAUUCAGCGCUCUGUGCUACCUGGGAGGCGUGGAGCCGGAGGAGAUCCUGAACGCCUGCGAGGAGUACCUGCGGCAGCAUGACAAGCUGGCUUACCCACACCGCAUCAUCAUCCUGAGGGCCAUGGAGGCCGUGGUGAGGAGCAACUUGGCUCAGCUGGACAAGAGCACAGCCAAGAUCGUCAUCUUCUUGGCCUCCAACGAGAUGACCAAGUCGAAGGAGGUCAUCUUGGAGUGGCAGCAGGCGGCCAGCAAUGUCCUGGUGGCGGUUGGGAGGCGCUUCAUCAACAAGGUGAUGGAGGAGGUGCUGACCAAGUUCCAGCCUGGAAUCGUGCCCCAUUACUUCAUUGUGCAGACGUUCGCCAACCUCUCCAUGACCAACGUGUUUGGGAUGGUGCCAUUCCUCAACUCCAUUCUGGGGACGAUGCUGCCCAUGCUGGGGAUGGCCAAGCAGGACAACAUGAGGACCGUCUUUUGCUACGCUUUGCAGAACUUCAGCGAGAGCAUCCAGGAGUACAUGGCGAAUCUGGACCAGGCGCCAGACCCGACGGUGAGGCGAGACACCUUCUCCAACGACAUCUUCAGCGCUUACGAAGUCCUUUUCAACAGCUGGCUGCAGAGCCGGGAAACAAAGCUUAGACUGGCUGUUGUGGAGGCGCUUGGCCCCAUGAGCCACCUGCUGCCCAGUGAGAAGCUGGAGGAGCAGCUCCCUCGCCUCGUCCCGGGGAUCCUGAGCCUCUACAGGAAGCCAGCAGAGGCCUACUAUGUGUCCAAGAGCUUGUGCCAGAUCCUCGAGGCAGCAGUCAACAUCGGCAGCCGCACGUUGGACACGCAGCUGGAGGCCCUGCUCAAUGCCCUGCAGCUCCAGAUCUGCUCUCCUCUGGACUCCUCCACACCAGUCCAACUGAAGAAUCACAAUGAGGUCCUUCGCUGCUUCACUGUGCUUGCCUCUUCCUUCCCGGACCGUUUGCUGGGAUUUCUGCUUCCAAAGCUGGACUCGGGCAAUGAGCGGAUGCGAGUGGGGACCCUCACCAUCCUGCGUCAAAUCAUCAACAGUGCCUCAUCUCAGAUGGAGGUUAAGAAGCCCUUCAUCCUUUCUUCCAUGAAGCUGCCCCUGCAGGACAACAGCAAUAAGGUGAAGCGAGCCGUCGUGCAGCUGAUCAGCGCCAUGGCCCAUCACGGGUACCUGGAGCAGCCGGGCGGAGAAGCCCUGAUCGAGUUCCUGGUCCGCCAGUGUGCCCUCCCCGUGGACCAGCCCCCUCAGCUCCCGCGGAGACAUUCCCUGGAAACGGAGGACUUGACAGACGGCCACGUCCGGGACAUCAGUGUGAACACGCUUUUCCUCAUCAGCACCACGGUCGACAGGAUGGCCGACGUCCUCUGGCCGUACCUCCUGGAGUUUGUCAUUCCCAUCCACUUGAGCAACGCCCUCACCCCGCUCUGCAAGAGCCUCAUCUUUCUGGCUGCGCAGAGGCAAGAGAAGGAGGAGCCCGACUUCCAGCUCCUCUACGAAGCCGGGGCCACCCUGCCCACCCCUCAUGCUCUCCUGGCAAGGCUUCUGGUUGUCUCUUCCCAGCCUUAUGUGGGGGAGGGCCGUGCUGCUGCCGUCCUUCGCCUCCUGAACGUGCUCCACCUCAGCGUCCACAAGGCUCUGGGGCCGCUGUGGGACCAGCAGAUCCCCGCGUUGGUGGAACACCUGGAAGCAAAUACGAAGGCUUCCCUGACCCAGAAGGAAUGGGAAGACCAGCUGCUUAAGUUCCUUCGACAGACCCUGGCGGCCAUUUCUGACACCCCUUGGACCAGUCAGCUGAUCCUGGAGAUGGGCAGACAGCUGAGCAGUUACAAUGGGUCUCCUCUGGAGAAGAACUUCCUCUACAAAUGCAUUGGGACGGCCUUGGCUGCUUGUCCGAACAAGGAUCUGCUGCGGAAGCAACUCCAGGAGCUCCUGGAAACGGCCCGAUAUCAGGAGGAGGCAGAGCGAGAGGGCCUUGCCUCCUGCCUGGGGCUGUGUGCCGUCAGUCACCUGGAUGAGACCCUCGCCAAGCUGGAGGAGUUCGUGAAGUCGGAUGUCUUCAAAAAAUCCGCAGGGCUGUUCAGUAUCUUCAAGGAUCGCAGUGACAACGAGGUGGAGAAGGUGAAGAGCACCCUCAUUCUGUGCUACGGCUUUGUGGCCAAGCACGCCCCCAAGGAGCUGGUUCUGGCGCGGAUUGAUGCCGACAUCCUCCGGAACAUCUUCCUCUACUUCAACACAAAGGUUCUGGGAAUAAAAGUAGAAACCAAGGACCUGAUGCUGAAGCUGUGCCUCGUCCGGAGCAUCUGCCUCAUCUGCCAGGCCAUCUGCAACAGCACCCAGUCGGGCGACUUCACCUUCUCCCGCAAGACGGAGCUGGUUUCACAGAUGAUGGAUUUUAUCAAGGCUGAGCCUCUGGACUCCCUGCGAACUCCCAUCCGCCAGAAGGCGAUGACGGCCUGCAUGUUCCUGGUGGUCCUGGAGCCGCCUCUGAGUGAGGCUGAGAAGGCUGAUCUGGUGGAGACAUGCCUGGGCAGCGUCCUCCCCCUCCCCCCGCCGGAAGCCCUCAAGGAGAAGGACGGGCCGCCAGGGCUGGAGGCUGAGCAGAAAGAGCCUCUGUGGUGCCACACCCUUUGUGCCCUCAAGGACCUGCUGAAGAGCAUCCUGCACAGACACAUGACCCCCCAUGGGCUGCAGACCAUGUUUGAGCACCUGAGCCCCUGGAUCAAGUCCACCAAGGAGCACGAGAGGGAGCGAGGCGUGGAAGUGAGCGCGGCUGUCUUGGAGUUCUAUCGGGAGAAGCUGAACGUCAAUACGGUGGUCCCUUUCUACAACGUGGGGCUGCUGACCGCGCUCUUUGCCCCCCGCUGCACUGACUCCCUGGCCGGCACCCGACAGCAUGCAGUCGACUGCGUCUACAGCCUUUUGUAUAUCCAGCUGUACUAUGAGGGGUUUGCUCGAGAUCAUAAGGACGAGCCUCUGGAGAAGCUGAAAGCCCUGAAGACCGGCCUGAGAGACCCCGACGUCAACACCCUCUUCCAGGCCUGCUGCAACAUAGCCAAGGUAAUAGCCAAGCGCCUCCCCCCUGACCAGCUGCUCAGCCUCCUCCUCUCCAUGCUGGAGGGCUUAGCGGAUCCAGACAAGAACUGCUCCCGGGCAGCCACCGUGGUGGUCAACUCCCUCCUGAAGGAGCGUGGGGCUGUCCUGCUGGAGAAGGUGCCGGAGAUCCUGGCGCUGGUGCACUCCAAGCUGCAGGAGGUGGAGGAGGAGGCUGUCCGGAAGGCGGCCCAGCAGACGGUCCACAUCCUGGCCACCCAGCAUAAGGCCGCCGUGGUCUCCAGCCUCCUGGGCAACCCUCUGCCCUUGGACAGCUGCAGCAGCCUCAUGUGGCGGGCCCUGGCCUCGGAGCCCCCCCUCGCCACCCAGGUCCUGGAGCUGCUCCUGGAGAAAGUGAACCGGGACGUCCCCUACAAAGAGAACAAGUCCUUCUUGCGGGGCAGCGGCUCGGAGCGCGUGGCCACUUUCUUCCCCCUCGCAGCCACAUGUGCUCUGCAUGAGAUCAUGUCUGUCCCGGAGUGUGGCCAGGCCAUCGUGGGCCUCUAUGCUGAGCUCUUCGUCUCCCUCCUGCUCCGCGUCAGCUGCACGGUGGGCGUCCAUCUCCCCAAGAACAUGCAGUCCAAGGAGAGGAAAAGCGCCGGCCGUGGGAAGCCCCUCUGGCCGCUGGACCCCUGCAGCUCUGCAGUGGAGACCCUCAAGGCCAUGCUGACGCAGGGGGGCAGCGAAGAGGUUGCCAAGGCCGUGUCUGCCUCUGGCGGCUGGGAGUCCCUGAGAAGCGUGGAGAGGCACCAUGAUGGCGUUGCCGUCCUGGCCAGCGCCAUGGCAAAGCACGCUGGGCCCAAGCUGCCCCUGAUUGUGAAGACCCUCUCCCCCAUGCUGAACAGCAUCUAUGACAGCCAGCGCUUGACCACCACGGCCUUCUUUGCGGAGCUCCUCAGCAGCAACGUGGUGAACGACCUGGUCCUGCUGGCGUCCGUGAUGGACAGCAUGACGGCCCGUCAGAGGGACCCCUGCACCUCAGUGCGGAUGCUGGCCCUGCGGGGCUUGGGCAACAUGGCUUCAGGCUCGCCAGAGAAGGUGAGGCGGCACGGGGCUCAGCUCCUGGCUUCCAUGAUGAACGGCCUGGAUGACAAGGAUGACCCCCACAGCCUGGUGGCCCUGGAAGCCAUGGGGGGCCUCGCCAAGAUCCUGGGCUUUCUGGAGGAGAGGGACGUCCGCUCCAUGCUGCUCCACAUCGCCAUCCGCAUCCGGCCGUUCUUCGAUAGUGAGAAGCAUGAGCUCCGCCGGUCGUCCAUCCUCCUCUUUGGCCACCUGACCAAGUUCAGUGCCGGCAGCUGCGAAGAGGCUUUCUUUGAGCAGAUCCUGAACGGGCUGGUCACUCUGCUGCUCCACUUGCAGGACCCAAAGCCAGAAGUCGUCAAGGCUUGCAAGUUUGCCCUGCGCCAGUGUGGCCCCAGCAUGGGCUGCGCCGUCCUUUGCGACAUGUUCCAGAACCACCUUCAUGAGGACCGGAGCCUCCACUAUGGCGAGUUCAUGAAUGACGUCUGCAAACACCUGAUGCAGUAUUACCCCGACACGCUGAGUCGUCUGGUGGCCACAAACCUCUUUUACUUCAAGAGCAACUGGCCGGACAUCCGGGCGGCUGCCCCCCUGUUCGUAGGCUUCCUUGUCCUCCAUGUUGACAGAGAGCACAGCCAGCAGCUGGACCUGGAUGAGCUCAUUGCCGCUCUGACUGUGCUGCUGAAGGAUCCCGUGACAGCCGUGCGGGUGAAGGUGGCCGAGACCCUGGGCCGCCUCGUCAGGAUUGUUUGAGGGCCUCCAAGCACCCCGUGUGGGACCCCGGCAGGACAUGUAAAGGAGUGGUCUUCACCGGACAAUCUUCCUUCCCGCUGCACCUCACGUCUUCCAGAGCACUCGCUGAACGCCGUCCGUGUGGGGCAGGGGAGGCCCACGACCCCAGGACUCUUCCGGCACCACGACCCCCACUUGUACAGUCCAUAGUCACGUGUUCCAAGUGCACCCCUCCCCCCCCCCCGAGGGACAGGCCAGAGCUGCUCUGCAUGAGCCGGCUGGUCCAGGCACCAGAGCACAGAAAAACCCUUCCCAGUGCUGCCUCUUCCACAUCCCCCCCCCACGGGCUUCUUCCUCUCUCCCCCCCAUCAGGUGUGGACUGUCUGCUCUUCUUAACACGGAUCUGGGACUUUGGGGAGAAGCAGGGGCACUUCUCCCAUCGUGCACAGAGGAACUGGCAAGACCCCCUCCCCCUCCUGCCCCUUCCAAGAGCUUCCACAGGUUCAUCCAUUGUUCCUCUCAGUAGAAUUUGUACAUAAAACCAGACAGCCUAUUUUUAAUAAAGUAUUUGCUUCUCAGAAACGCAGUGUCAAGGCUUCCUUGGCUAUUGGGGACUAGUACUUUGCAUAGGAUUUUGUAGAGCUGCUCUGGAGGGUAGGACUCGAACCCAUGGCUUCGAGUUACCAAAAAGGAGAUUCCGGCGAAAGGUCAGGAAGAACUUUCGGAGAGUAAGAGCUGUUUGACAGUGGAGCAGACUCCCUUGGGAGGUGGGGGGGCCUCUUUAAGCAGAGGUUGGAUGGCGUCCUGACAGGGACGCUUCAGCUGAGAUUCCUGCACUGCAGCGGGUGGGACUAGAUGACCCUCAGAGCCAUGCAUAAG